UUUAAUUUAUUUUUUUUUUAAGGGUUGGCGUUUUUUAAGGGGUGUGUUUUUGCUUUUUUGGUUUUUUUAGGGUUGAGGUUUUUUUUUGGAGGGGGGGGUAGGUUUUCUUCCCCACGAAGGUUCUCUCCCACCAUCACCACCAUCACCACCAUCAUCCCUCCAUCCAGCGGAUGAUUCUUCCUCCCUCCCCACGCUCCCAAAUCCACCCCUGCGUUACCCCCCGAUCUUUUCCCCCCUCCCUCCCCUGGAUGCCGACACCGGAUCCGGAGCCGGUCACGGUACCUCCAGCCCUGCCUUUUUUUUUUUUUUAUUAUUCCCCUCCUCCCUUCCCUUCUCCCAAUCCCGGCCGUGGAACGAAAAAACGCCCGCAUAGAGGAAAAACCCCAGGGCGAAUCCCAAAUCCCGCGGGGAGCUCCGGGCCCUUCGCAUCGUCCCCUCCUGCAUGAGCCCCCCGCGUUGCCGGCGAUGAUGCCCCAGCGCUGAGAGAUGUCCGAGAUGUCCGAGAUGUCCAUGGCCCGGCUCGGCGGCGUCAAUGGAUUCCUGCAGGACGCCAGGAUGGAGGCGGGAGACAUGGGCAGGGUCCUGCGCUGCCUGGAGAUGGGCACCGUCCUCACCCUCUUCUACCAGAAGAAGUCGCAGAGGCCCGAGAGGAGGACCUUCCAGGUGAAGCUGGAGACGCGGCAGAUCGUCUGGAGCCGCACGCCAGAGAAGGUGGAGGGGGACAGUGAGUACCGGGAUUCGGGGGUUGGGGGGAGAUGUGGGGCUUGGGGAUGUCCUGGCAUGGUGGAGUGA